AUGGCCUCGCUCGUGAAGAAAAUAAUCAGCACUGCUAAGGCCCCCGCUGCACUGGGUCCCUACAGCCAAGCAGUGCUGGUAGACCGGACAAUGUACAUUGCAGGACAGAUAGGUAUAGAACCUUCCACCGGGCAGCUUGUCUCUGGAGGGGCAAAGGAAGAAGCUAAGCAGGCUCUAAAAAACAUGGGAGAAAUCCUGAAAGCUGCAGGCUGUGACUAUGGCAAUGUUGUGAAGACUACAGUUUUGAUGGCAGACAUGAAGGACUUCAAUGAUAUUAAUGAUAUUUACAAACAAUUUUUCAAGACAAACUUCCCAGCCAGGGCAGCCUAUCAGGUUGCUGCUUUGCCCAAAGGUGCCCGAGUUGAGAUUGAAGCUGUUGCCAUUCAGGGACCCCUCCAAGAUGAUUCAGCCCGACUAUAAAUAGAGACUGAAUAUCCUACGACAGCAGUUUUAGAUUUAAUACUUCUCCCUUACAUCCUAUUCCUACAAUUGACUAUCAGCAGUUACAUACAGUUGAAAUCUGUAAACUUACUGAGGAAAGGUGCUUUCUUCUGGAUUUUGGCCUUGGAUUCUCUAAAAUAUGAGAUUACAGUGAGUUCUCUGCCGGCCAACCCUGAAACCUCUGGAGUCCUGCUAAAAUCGGUUGAACUUGAUUGCAGGACAGGGCCCUUACUUUGUGAUGGUGACUGGAUAUUCAGGUAUUAAAGUACACGUUUUGGUGAAUAUAUGACAGUUAUACUGUGGGUGAUCUGGACAUGGAAAACUGUAAUGAUUUGUAAUAGUAGGUUUUUAGUAAUAAUUUUAAAUAAGAAAAAAUGACAGAAAUGGGAAAACGGAACACUUGAAUUGCUUAGUGUACGUCUUCACGUUUGUGUUUUGGGGAAUUUUGCUGUAUUUGUUUCUGAACUGUCUUAAACUCUUUCUUUACAGAAUAGAUUACUGUUGGGACACACAUUUUUUUCAUGUAGAAAUUGCUUAAGAAAAUUAAUUUCAGAAGAAGAAAAUUACACUUUUCUGAAGUAAAGCGCUAACUUUAUAAAUCAGCUGUAAACGAAUCUCUACCUGUAACCUUUUCCAUGAUCUUUUUCAUAGCAAUUCAACUUUGACUAUCUUUUGGUUUAAAACAAAACAAAAAAAAACACAAAAAAAAAAUAAUCCUGUUUAAUGAGAAUAAAUGAUAAUUGCAUCUGUAAAACUGUGCUUGUCUAUUCUGGGAACAAACUUUUCUUUUCCUGAUUAUGCUUUGAUACUGCAUUACAAAA